UAAAGCAACGCCGAAUACUCACGUCACAAGUCACGUGUGUGUUUGUGAAGCUACAGUGGCGUUCACAUCAUCAGUUUGGCCAUAGAUUCGCAAAAUGGACACAGAUUAUGCUGAAUAAACCUCACCACAGAAAGAAAGUUCCUGUGCGUCAGUACCGAUUCCCGCUACAGCGAGGAUGUUUCCCAGCCUGGCCGCCCACAGACCGUGGCAUGUUUUCCGCAGGGUCUCAUUGCAACAGAGAUCGUCCCUGUCACAGCGGCCCCCGAGGUUUCCGCAGCUGUGCCACGGUUGGCAAAGCGGAGGGCUACACAGCUUAUGGUUCAGCCUCCCAGACUGCCGUGUAGUUUCUCUAGGGUUGGGCAAGGUCCAGUAUUACUCUACCUCUGAUACCGGUAAAGAUGGUCCCCCAAAACCACCAUCAGGUGAUGCCCCCUCUGCAGCAAAGGUUGUAUCUGGUGCUGCACAAGCCACCCCAGAAUCACCAGGUGCAACACCUCAGGGUCUGACUAAAGCAGAGACAAUUCAAGUGAAAGUUCGUGCUGUCCUGAAGAAAAGGGAAUAUGGAGCCAAAUACACUCAGAACAACUUCAUCACUGCAGUCAGAGCGAUGAAUGAGUUCUGCCUCAAACCAAGUGAUUUGGAACAACUCCGGAAGAUCAGAAGGCGCAGCCCCCAUGAUGACACAGAGGCUUUCACUGUCUUCCUGCGCUCAGACGUUGAGGCCAAAGCACUAGAUGUUUGGGGAAGCCAUGAAGCUCUGGCCAGAGAGAGAAACCUCAGGAAAGAGGUGGAGAGAGAGUACCAAGAGAAUAUUUUUCGGAAUCAGCGCUUGUUGCAAGAAUAUAAAGACUUUUGGGGAAACACUAAGCCACGAUCAGGCCAGAGGACAACAUUUCUACAAGGGCCAGGGAAGGUGGUCAUGGUUGCUAUUUGCAUAAAUGGGCUGAAUUUCUUUUUCAAGCUCCUGGCUUGGGUCUACACUGGAUCAGCUAGCAUGUUCUCUGAAGCCAUCCACUCUUUGGCCGACACGUGCAACCAGGCUCUGCUCGCUCUGGGAAUCAGCCAGUCUGUCCGCAACCCAGAUGCCGUGCACCCAUAUGGCUUUUCCAACAUGCGCUACAUUGCCUCCCUCAUCAGUGGGGUGGGCAUUUUUAUGAUGGGAGCAGGCCUCUCUUGGUACCACGGCAUCAUGGGAUUGCUGCACCCGGAACCCAUCGAGUCUUUGUUAUGGGCUUACUGUAUUUUGGCGGGCUCUCUGGUGUCUGAAGGAGCCACAUUACUGGUUGCCAUCAAUGAGAUAAAGAGGAGCGCCCGCCAGCAAGGAUUGUCUUUUUAUGAAUAUGUGAUGCAGAGCCGAGACCCCAGCACCAAUGUGGUGCUGCUGGAGGAUGCUGCUGCUGUACUGGGAGUUAUUCUGGCUGCUGGUUGCAUGGGGCUCACCUCACUUACAGGUAACCCGGCCUAUGAUAGUUUGGGCUCUCUUGGCGUUGGCACAUUGCUGGGCACAGUCUCCGCCUUCCUCAUCUACACUAACACAGAGGCCCUGCUGGGACGCUCCAUACAGGCUGAGCGCGUGCAGAAGCUCACAGAGUUUCUGGAGAACGAUCCUGCUGUAAGGGCCAUCCAUGAUGUGAAGGCCACUGAUAUGGGACUGAGUAAAGUGCGCUUCAAGGCUGAAGUUGACUUCGAUGGCCGCGUGGUGACACGGUCUUAUCUGGAAAAACAAGACAUUGACCAAAUCCUCAACGACAUUCAGCAGGUGAAAACCCCGGAGGAGCUGGAGAACUUCAUGCUGAAACACGGAGAGAACAUCAUCGACACCCUGGGAGCUGAGGUGGACCGGUUGGAGAAAGAGCUCAAACAACGCAACCCAGAGGUCCGUCAUGUAGACUUGGAGAUACUCUAACAUCCCGAAAUGCCAUGAAGAAAAAGCUGGAAGGACGGCCACGCCUGCCUCUGCCUCUCUUUCUGACUACAAAACAAACACGGACAACAAACCCGCACAACUUCUCAAGUCUUACUGUAGAAUAGUCCAGAAGGAUGAGCACAGACAGUGUUCGAGCAGCUAUGCCCGAACUUCAGUCUGGGACACUGUGAGUUCACCCUGCCAGAGAUCCGCUGUCACAUUCCAGUGCGAGUGUUUCUGGCAGAAGACUAACGGCUGUCAUUAGGCUCCUUGAAUUUCACUAGAAAUUCGCACACAAACUACGACAGCGUAGUCCACUGGCUGGUUGCUUAGACUCACAUUCCUCCAUAAAAGUGUCAUGAUGUGGGCUCGUGUCUGUGUCUAAAGCAAAACCGAGAACAGGACCAGUGUCGUUUACUAGACUUGUACCACAGUGACAGAGUUUCCUUUAUUAGUGCAAAAGGAAACCAAAGAGCUACAAUUUCAACCCAGACUUAUUUAAUGACCAGACAAGGUUAGAGGGUUUUUCUUUCUGUUUCCUUUUAACUGAAGACGGUGCGAUGCCGCAGCUUCUCUAACGAAGACAGAAUUUGUGAUGAAUAGAUUUUUAUUGCGAUUAUAGAAAGUCAAAUGGUAUUAUCGAGAUAUUUGAUUUAAUAGGUAGAGUGAAUAUAGUAGGACUUGAUGUUAUGAAUACAAGUUGUCUAACCUGGAUUUGCAGAGUUUCCACCUGAAAAGUUGACAGGCCUGACCAGCAGUGCUCGAUAAGUCAGGGUUUAAAGUUUCAUCACUUUUUUUUACAUUAGAUUGGCUUUACAUGAUUCACAGUUCAAAAUAAGCCAGACUGUAUCCUACACUGGGCCUUGGUGCAGGCCCUCAUUGCAUCCUCAGUCUCAAAUGAGCUGUUUUAUCCUGGUUACCUUUAAGCUAACAGUCUUUUGAUUGGCUGCCCUUCAGCAGAUGGCUUAAACAUGUGGGCGGGGCUUCUCUGCUCACAGAGCUGUGUUCCUGUGAUGGCCAUUUUGGGAAUACUGGCUCACUAUGUCAUCAUACAUAGCAAAACAAAAAAGAAAGCUUCUGGCACACAGGGGUUACUUGUACAUAUGCCGACCUCAUUCUUUGAAAGCUUUGCCAUGUUUAAUAUGAUCCUCCACCAUAUAUAUAGGACAGAAUGACAAGCAUAGGAGCCUUUGUGACACUGAGGAACUGUGAACAGCUAGCACUACUUUUUCUCUCCAAACACAAGCAAGCAAACGGUCUGUAUCAGCAGGAGAGCCCCAGAUCAAGAUGAAACAUGCUCACAUAAUCAAAUAUCAGCUGAACAACAUUGUAUUAAGGCGUAACGUUUGUCCUAGUCUUUUUACUUUUUGUUUUUACUUCUUGAUUUUGCUAACUCGUUCAAACAGCUGUUUUAUAUGUGUAAAGCAGCUGGCAGAGCUGGUAGCCUAAUAAGAUACAGUAGCUAACCUAACAGUUGGCGCUGUUGCCUUUAAGAAAAAUCUGAAAUACUUGGUCUGGACCACUGGGCUUGAAUACAGUGUUGGAAAGCCUGCACUGUAUUAUUGUUUUCAUUUAAUGGGUUAUAAUCUUAAACGAGCUCUGAUGACGACAUCCUUCCAAGCCAAUAAUAGGCACUGACUUUACAUCUCUAAACGCUGUUCUUAGGGUUAGAAAUGCUCGUCUUGUCACGUGACUGAUUGUAUUGUUCCAAAGAUAAAAUGCAAAAGGAGUGGAAACGUCCUUGCCUCUUGCCCACCAUGUAUAAAUAAGAGAUCUUUAAUGAAGACAAGUGGACCAGCUACCUUUUAUUUCUUUUCUUUUUUUCUUGAAGUCCACCAACAGCUGAAAACUUACAGGCAUCGUCACCCUGUGGAGCAUGUGGCAAAAAAAGAAAAGUUGUGAAGUUACUCCUUCAUGAUGUAUCUGCUAAUGUUCUGUAUAAACCGGACUGUGACGGUGUUUUUGCUUGUCAUUCUUUGUUGCCGCUGACACAUGACCGUCGUGCUGUCAUGCUUAAGGAGGGGGCCGGAGUCAUUUCGCCUCGGUUGGGAAGGCAGAUCUGUGUUUUUGAAGGGGAUUGUGAACUGUUUCUUCUUGGGUCAUAACGAUGACGCUACUGUUGAAGGACAUGGGACGAUAUGAGAUAAUUUAUUAAAUUAUUUUUGGUUUCCUUUUGUGUCGUUUGUUUGAAUUCUCUUUUGUUUUGAAUGCUGUGCCAAUAUUCAUUGGUGUUGCUUGUAGAAGCUCCACACUUUCUUUCUCCACACACACACACACACACACACACACACACACGCGGAAAAAAACUAAAUAACUUUGUAGGUCUUGGAAAAGGCACCACCAGAUAUGUUUAUCUGUCUUUUUAAAAACGUAGAAUUUAAAGCAUUGUUUUUCCCCGAACUGGAUUCCUGUUUCCUGUUUAAAGCUCAGAUGGAUGACUGGAUUGUAAACCCAAGUCCAUUAGAUGGUGCAGUUGUGGGGAUGAGAGAGGGGGGCACUAGCCUGUUCGCUGACGUCAAUAAAAACAGUCAUUUCCAACCAGUCUGCGCAUUGACCGACCGUUCAAAACAUUACGCACAGCAUCGCGGCCGGACCACGCUAGACUGCUCGACUGAAAUAAUUUUUCGCCGAGCCUGGAGGGCGGACGAUCUCCAUUUGCAGGUGAGGAGCAUCUAGAAUAAUCCAGGUCGCGUAUGAUGGCACGAAAAGUCUUCAUGGCGGAUGAGCAUCAUCACCAUCACCCUGCUCUACGCUUUUAGCCUCUUUACAGUGCUGCCUUGUCUAAUCAUGUUCAAGCAGCAUUGUACAGGGCUAUGACAGCAUAGAGAGCUGUGCGGCUCGGGCACUGCGUUUCCCUGACCCCGUGGAUGGCAGCCAACUAAUGACAUCAUCCGUUUAAAAACACAAACUGCGAGGACUGCAUGUGAUCUGCCACUGAGCUGUGUCUUUUAGGUUCAUGCUAAUUUAGUUAAAGGCGUACAUGCACUGCAUUACGUCGGACUGUUAAAACGUGUGCACAUCAACAGCUCAUUGGGUUGAAUUAUCCAGAUUUCUUUGUUAGUACCAUCUGAUUGUGCUGCUUCUGCAUGAACCCAAGUCUCUUAACAUGUAGGCUCCAGUGCAUCUGAUUUACUGCCAAAUAAACCUCAUGCUCACAGCCAAAAAUAUCAGGUUUUUAAUAUAUAUAUAUAUAUAUAUAUAAACAGCAGGGUCUGUUCUCUAAACAACUUGAGGGUUUUGUAGAUUUAUCAGCACUGCACAAAAAUGUAAUUAAAAUGCUUUCAUUGAA